AUGCAGAUCUUCGUCAAGACCCUCACGGGUAAGACUAUCACCCUCGAGGUGGAGUCUUCUGAUACCAUCGACAAUGUCAAGUCCAAGAUUCAAGACAAGGAAGGAAUUCCCCCCGACCAGCAACGUCUGAUCUUCGCCGGAAAGCAACUCGAGGACGGCCGCACUCUCUCCGACUACAACAUCCAGAAGGAGUCGACCCUUCACCUCGUCCUCCGUCUGCGUGGUGGUGCCAAGAAGCGCAAGAAGAAGGUUUACACCACCCCCAAGAAGAUCAAGCACAAGCGCAAGAAGACCAAGUUGGCUGUUCUCAAGUACUACAAGGUCGAUGGCGAUGGCAAGAUCGAGCGCCUCCGACGAGAGUGCCCGCAAAAGGAAUGCGGUGCUGGUGUCUUCAUGGCUGCCAUGCACAACAGACAAUACUGCGGUCGUUGCCACUUGACCUAUGUCUUCGACGAGACCAAGUAA